GAGAUAAUUCUCAAGUGGGUUUAAAUGUAUAAAAGCAAUUUGCACAAAUAUUGGUAUUGAUUCUUCAGGAAAAAAUGAUGAAAGCAGGACUCUUAUUUUUGGCCAUCAUCGGCUUGUCUCUUGCGUUCUAUUGCGAAGAGAAGAAGACCUAUGACUCGCCGGACGAGGAAAACUGCAGAUACUACCACCACUGUGAAAGUGGAGAGUCGUCCGAAGGAGCAUGCUUCAUCUUCUUCAGGAAGUUCAACCCUGUGACACUCAAGUGCGAUUGGGCCUGGAACGUUGACUGCACUGCCAAACCGGCCAAGCUUCCUCCUUCAUGAAAUGUGUUUUUUUAUGUAUUGCAUUUGAAAAUAUAAGAGCACAUUGUACAAUGUCUUUUAAAUAUGUAAUUCGGCCAAUUCCAACAAUUUUGUUAUAACUUAUCAAACAUGAAAUCAAUAAACAUUUAAAAAUAGUUAUUUUAAAUUUAA